UUUGAAUUGCGGGCGAGUGAUGAGUCCAUGCAGGAGGAGACGGCCCUCCAAGGUGGCAAGCGGCUGGUUGUAGAGGAGCGCAAGGGCGAGCUCCGGCGCAUCCAACGCCAGAUCCUGGCACUGAAGCUGGGUCUGGGCAAAAUGGAGCUGCACACUGCCCUGGCCCAAGAGGAGCUACGAAGUCGCCAAGCCAAGGCAGACAAGCUCGUCCAAGAGCGCAGAGAGUUGGCGCUCGAGAUUUGCCAGCUCCAGCAGCAGCAAGCGCAAGGGGAGCGGAUCAAGUGCGACGAGCAGCAGCAGCUUGAAUCCGUGCAGGAAUUGCGCCAGACCGCGAGCGAGCUGGAGAUGGUGCUCAAGCGGCUGGACAGCGCUGUGGAAGCAGCGACGAGGAGCGAGGAGUACCUGGCAGGGGUGAAGUGCGAGGUGCAAGACCAAGUGCGGGAGAACGAGUGGAUCAAGCGGCGCGCGGAGGAGCAAGUGGGCGUGGCCAGGGACUGGAUGCGGGCAAUGCACCAGUUGCAACACGAGGUCAAGGCACUGCAGCUGGAAAACCAGAGCUUGGAGAGGGAACUCCUUGCGGCUCUCCAGGAAUGAUGUCAAAGGUGGUGGCCUCCACGAGCUUCCUGUCAAAAAUAUUCUCCUCCCAGUGGUCCCGCAAGCAGUCUCCGACCUUUGCCAAUCCUCCGGAUUGGAUUGGUGAAGAGUGUUAUCUGCAUGCAUUUUCUAGCGGAAUGGCGUGCUCUAUAUAGAAUAUACCACGUGGAAUUCCAAUAAUGGCCAUCCUAAUGGCCCCA